AUGAAGCAUGGAGACCUGCGCCGGUUCCUCAUCACUACCCGCCAAGCGGAUAUUCCCAUGUUUGUGCCUCACCAGAGUCUUCUGCGCUUCAUGGUUGACAUUGCAGCAGGGAUGGAGUAUCUGAGUUCACAGGGCUUUUUGCACAGGGACCUGGCUGCACGCAACUGCAUGUUGGGGGACGACUUGCGUGUGUGUGUGGCUGACUUCGGCCUCUCCAAGAAGAUAUACAGCAACAACUACUACAGACAGACAGUGGCUAUCCGCAUGCCAGUCAAGUGGAUGGCCAUAGAGAGCCUAUCAGAGUCCAUCUCUACCAGCAAGAGUGACGUGUGGUCAUUUGGGGUCACCAUGUGGGAGAUAGUGUCCAGGGGAAGGACACCGUAUCCUGGGGUCCACAACUAUGAGCUCCUGGAGCUGCUGAACGCUGGACACAGACUCAAGCCUCCUGAGUGUGAUGACAAACUUUAUGAGGUGAUGCUGAGUUGUUGGCAUAGGGAGCCGGGACACAGGCCUGGUUUCAGGGAGCUGGGGGAGACGCUCAAAGCCCUUCUGUGUGAGCUGCCGCCGCUGGAGGCCAGCCAGGAGGCCCACUACAUCAACCAGGGCCUGGAGGCUGCCACUCACAGUCAGUGGGUUGCCGAUGGACACGACGACCUCGAUUCCGAGGGGGGCGCAGUGGGGAACCUGUACCUGCCCACCCCUGUGGGGGCUGGGGCUACUGCUAAACCUCCACCCAAGAAAGAUGAGGAAGGAUAUCUGUUGUGUACGAAAAGUGAAUCUGCUGUGAAGACAGUGGAUUAGGAUGGCGUUGUGGGUGGUUUAUAGAUGCUUUUUGUGAAAGAGACUCUGCUCUGUAAACCGUUCUCUGGUGUUUUUGUGUUUCAGUCAGUUUGGUGUUUUAUGUUCUGUCAGCUACAGUUAUAGCCUACAACAAUCAAAGCGUGUUUGACUGUGUUUAUUCCAUGUGUUAUCUCUGUGGUUAGAUACCAGGGCACAAAUCAACAUAUCAAAUAUCGAUCAAUUCAAAUCACCUUGACACUUUUAUAUGUACAGUAUCUCUCUCUGUGUGUGUGUGUGUGUGUGUGUGUGUGUGUGUGUAUGUGUGUGUGUUGCAGACAGAUUACAACAACUGGGCAUUACCUUCUCUACUGAUGAUUGGUGUGCCACAAUGUUUCUCCAACUUCUGUAAAUAAUGUUUGAUAAUCCAUUAUAUGUCAACUUGAAUAAAGUUUGAUACUUUUUUUAAAUAAUGAA